AUGCAGUGGAAUCUUGUCGUGUUGACGCUUUGUUGUGGCAUGCAGUGGCUUCCAUCCCAGGCGUUCGUGAUCGUCCGGAGCGGUUCACGACGCCUCUCCGCCGAUACGCCGGCACGGCGUUCCACGUUGCUGGGAAUGGUGUCGGCCGAACGCCGUUACGAAGCUCGCCAACUAGUGUCUGACGGGAUGGAGAUGUUUCGCAAGGGUGAGGUGUCCAAAUCGAUCGACUUGUUUGAUCGUGCCGAUGCGCUGCAACCGGACGGCUCACUCCAUCCGUUUCUCUGGCAACGCGGCUUGAGUCUGUACUACGCCGAUCGCUUCGCGGAAGCCAGUGAUCAGUUCCGUUCCGACGUCAAAGUUAACCCUAACGAUGUGGAGGAAAUCGUUUGGGAUAUUGCGGCGCAAUUGCGUCAGCGUCCGGACGAAUUUCCACCGUCCACAAUGAUGAGCUUGCCUGCGGGAAAUCGGGAUCGCCGGAGAAUUAUGCCCACCGUCUACCGACUCUUUCGAGGGGAAGGAACCGAACACCAAUUGGCAAUGGCUGGUCACGGAAACGGAGCCAGCGUUGCCGACGAGUUUUACGCACUGUUUUACCUCGGACUCUUUUGUGAAGUACGCAAGGAGACGGUGAAAGCUUCCGAAUACAUGCAACAGGCAACUCGUACCGAGUACGCGACGGGUAUUGGACGAGGCGAUUAUAUGACUUCGUGUGCCAGAGUGCACUGCAAACUUCGAGGGUGGGUGUAG